ACUUUCCUCCCUUGCAAUGAAACGCUGAGGUUUUCCAGAACUUUUUGAAAGACUUGUUCUUUCUUUUAUAAAAAAAAGUCUUUAGAUGGAUGCCUUGCGUUCAGAAGCAUUUUCUCGCCUGAAGCCCUUCUGUGUUCAGCUAACCCGCGAACACACUCGGGAAAAUAUUGCAAAGCUUUUCACUGCGCUGCAGUCUGUGGACAUUGUAUACCUUCAAGACCUUCAGGAAUAUGUCAUCUUUCCAUUAAGAAUUAUUCUUAAACAUCCAAAGAAAAGUUCUCAGGACCUCUAUCUGGACCUUUACGCAUGCAUGGAAUAUGUGUUGGGUCACACAAAGGUCACGAGAUGGGACUUGUUUCAUGACAUCUUCCACACGGCCACCACCAUGCUGUCCUGCCCGACAGACCAGAGCAAAGUGGCCCAUCUGAGCGAGGAGUUGAAGAUAGCUAUCAUACAGACCCUGAGGACGUUGGUGAAGAACGCUGAGUGCAGCGUGGUGCAACAACUGUAUGGGGUGAUGUGCCUACCCCUUCUGGGCCACUCCGUGUCACUGCUUCUCAACAUUGCUGAGAUGGAGCGAGCUCGCAACCUUCGGAUACUGGCCAUGGAGUGCCUUCUGGACUUCAGUCAGGCGGAUUCCAAGUUGAGCGCAUGCAUGAAGGCCGACAUUGGUAACAUGUAUGCCUCAUUUCUGCCUGGAAUCUCUGUAACACUGUGCAAGAUCAUCACAGGGGACACCAAGCAGGGAUACGCAGUCACCUCAAAGGCCAUCUACGUGUGGAUGCGUAUAGUGAGCCUGGUGAUGGAUGACAGACUGCUGGAGAUCUACAGAAACAAGCAGAACAGCAAGUCACAGCAACAGAAGCAACUAGAUGAGCGCCUGGCUGGGCUGGUGGUAACCCGUGACAACGGCUGGCUGGCCUCGACCAGUGACAAUCUGUGCAUCCUGGUGAAGCAGGUGACCAACGUGAGGAGUCACUGUAACUGGCGUGUGCGGCUGGGCCUUGUGGAGUGUGCUGAACACCUGCUGCUGCACUGUAACAGUUCCAUGAAGGCAUGUGUGCCCCACUUCCUGGAGAUCCUGGUGUCCCUGAUCAGUGACGACUAUUCCAAAGUUGCCGAGGGCAGCAGGCACGCGCUAGAGCUCUUCUCCACCAGCCAGUCGGUCACAGACCAGCAGCACAGGCUAACGGAGCUACUGGAGGACAACAUGCUCAAACUCACCACCUCUCUUCCCAGGCAGAUACAGACUGCUGAGGAAGAAGACAAACUGUCACUGCUCAAUUUGCUGAUUGGCUACCUAGGCCUAUUAGGUACGAAGGUUCGGGGCAUGCUGCUGUCCCUGCCCCAUCUCAAGCGUCUCUCCCUGGCCUUGCUACAGAUCCUGGAGCUCGAGUGCUCUGACAUGAAGAUUGUGGAGGAACGCACAUGUAUCACUGGACAUGGGAGCAGUGCGGUGUCCUCCUCUGGGGCCACCAGUAUCAUCCGUCCACGCAGGCACUUCAAACACUUCAAUAACGAGCGGAUCUACGACAAGGUUCGAGGUGUGUGUCAGUUGCUCGGUUACUAUGGAGACCUGCAGGUGCUCCUCGACCACUUCCUGGACGUGUUCCACGAGACGAGCCUGUUCAGACUGCAGGCCACACUUAUCAUGAAUGAGAUCAUGUUGGGAACAACCGGUGAGACAGCAUACACCAACAACUCAAAGAAUGGUCGCAGCUGGCAGACGCAUGGCAAAGAUGAGCUGUCAGCUGUUGUCAGAAUGUUAGUGGAUGAGUAUCUAAGUCAAGUGAACUUUGACCUUGUGACCUCUGUGACUGCUCAGUCUGGGAAGGUUCAGUCGUUGGAACAUCAACUGAGACACCUUGCUGUUACAAACACUUCCCCAGAGAAUGAUUUAUCAGCUGCCAAACUGAAUCGCAAUAUUUUACAGAUUUCCCUGUUUUUGGAAGGAUUUGGUAACUUUGCAAAGAUCUUGAAGACCGGGUUUGAGCCCCUGUUGAUGUCAGCUCUGUAUCCAAUGUUAGAGAAACUGGGAGAUGAGUCAGCCGUUAUUUCCAAUACAGCAUUCAUAGCCCUCGGGGAUGUUUGCCAUGCAUGUAGAUACAAGUCCAUAGACCAGCUGAUCCGAGAGAAUGCCGACUACCUGAUGAACUCCAUAUCCCUGCGACUAAGACACCUGGACAGGAACAGGAAGUGUCCCCUGGUUCUCAAGGUCAUGUUGCAGUAUAGCAGCGCCCAGUUACUGCCCCUGAUACAGGACACCGUGCAAGAGAUUCUGGACUCACUGGAUGACAACUAUGCAGAAGAGGCAGCCAUGUUUAUGGGUGUACUCAAUGAGCUUGCUAAAGCCGUGGUCAGAUGGUUCCCUGAUAAACAUAAAGGCAAGAACAGUGAUAAACAUGAAGACAGGGACCAAAAGAGCCAACAGGGGGCCAGUAAGGGUCAGAAGGGCAACAAUGGUGCUGGGCCAUCAGAAGGUGAUGGGAUAGGAGCUCUGGCUCGUACAAGGAAUUGGGUCAGGGAUGGGGUGGGAGCAGUGUGUUGUGAGGGGUGUGGUUGUGUGGUGGGAGAAGAUGAUGGGGAUGUCAGAGAAGCAACUGGGAAAAUUAGAGGGGAUGAAAUAAAAGGGGCUGGCAACACAGGGAAGGGUGCAUUGAAGGGGAAAGUUGAGGUGGAACGGGACAUGUUUCAAGAGGUGGUGGAUAUCAACUGUAGUGACAGGGUGCAUGUGUAUAAGAAGUGUUCCAGUAAGGUGGCAGUAAAGGCUGGAACAGAAGCUCUAGGAAGUAAUGUGUGCCAGCAGUGCUUGAAGAUGUUGACCCUGCCAGAAGACUGUAAGCAUGUGGACAAUUCGGAAAACCUGAUAUGUAAGUGUCCUGGAAUGAAAGAACCAAGUGAAAACCACUUGGGUUUGUCAGGACAGGGGGUAGGGCCUUUUGCACUGGGAAUGUCAGGACAGAGUGUUGGGCAUGUCUCCCUAGGGGAGGGGGAAGAUUUGGUGCAGGGGCAGUUUGAUGACGUAGAGCCCUCUCUAGAUGGCGCCACUUUUUCACUGCCUAACGGUACCACAGAGUGUGAACGCUGCCGUAAAACACUUCCAGCAAGUCGCUGUGUCCAGUGCAUCUUCAAGCGCUUCAACACUGUGAAAAACCAUCUUAAGGAAAAGGAGGCUAAAGAUGCCAAAGACAGAAAUUGUGAAAAUUUUGAUGAAUUGGCAGUUACUAAAACGCUCUGUAAAGCAUGUAAAUUAAAGGCAGUAGAAUCUUCAACCAGCAAAGUCUGCUUGGAAUCUGAGAUCGCGGGUUCUGCACCCACAAUAAGUGAUGUCACUGCAAAGGAAGUAGAAGGGCUGGCCACCUACUUUUCUGACCUCCUUGCACUGGAGAAAGAGUCAGCAGGGGAGAUAACUGAGGAAGACCUAGAGAACUUUCAGCCGACCCAAGAUGAUCUUGACCCCACUGACCCCCCAGAGGUCGCGCUACCCCUGCCCGGGCACAUGGUGGCAGUGCGGGAGGUGAUGUUGCGAUGUAAACACAUCCUGUCCUCCCCUAGACCUCAACUCAGACUACUGGUCCUGGACACCAUCAGCCAUACCUGUCUGGCUCUGGACAAACAUCAGGAUGAGUUACUUCCACUGAUUCACAAGAUCUGGCCUCCAUUUAGUCUGUGCUUUGCAGAUGAAGAGAAGCUGGUCACCAUUAAGGCCAUAGACGUACUUCGCACAGUGGCCCGCUGCUCAGGAGACUUUGUGAAGCAUCGGGUGACAAAGGAUGUGCUACCCAAGCUGGCUUCAUUUCUCCAGAACCAAUCCGAGAUCAGCGUACACGCUGGGGCCUCUUACCAGUUCACUGUCAACUAUAAACUGCAGCUUGCCAUAUUGAACAACAUCAGCUCCAUUGCUCAAAUGGCAUGUAUCAAGGGAAGUAAUCUGGACUUGAUCACCACAAGUUGCCUCCCUUACCUACAUAUCCGACAGCCAAGCACUUUACAGAAGGCAUGCAUAGAGUGCUGCCGGGGGCUGAUUGACAUCGAUCCAGACCUGAUCUGGCUCAAACUCUGCCCUCUUUUCUGUCCCAAGGCGUAUGAACCACCAUCAGGCAGCUUCAAACCAAUCAGGGGCCUGGGCAAGCUGUCCACUAGCAAUCCCUACACCGGGAACAUCACCCGACUCAUGGCGGAUACCAAGCUGUUGUAGCAAGCUGUCCACUAGCAAUCCCUACACCGGGAACAUCACCCGACUCAUGGCGGAUACCAAGCUGUUGUAGCAAACCUUCACCAGCCAUGCCAGAUUGUGUUCAUGACACUCCUGUAUUCCAUCCAUGACCAACUGUCAAGUACGACUUAAAACAGCUGGAUGUGCAAAGCCAGGGAUUCCAUAUGCCAUUAUGUUUAUCUUGCUUUGUGAUUAAAUUUUAGGCAAUUUCAUGUAAUAAGAAUAAAGCAAUUCACUAUUUAAACUGUAGAUUUACAUAGAUUGCUCUGCCUUUAUGAUUGUCCCAGGGGUUGAAAUGAGCCAUGUUUUGGGAAAUUGGGGCUCAAUUUAUGUGCAUAAACUGUCGUCCCAUGCACUGGCUUAUCCUGGGCCCGUAUUCACCAACCGAUUCUUAGACUUAAGAAUAAAGAAUAGACUUAGAACCAAGAAAAAUGUGUUCAGUUUUUGAAUAUAUACAGGCCUCCACUGGUGAUUAACAAAAUGUUCUAUAUGAAGAAUAAUAUAGAUAGAGAUGUUUACUGCAGUGUUUGACUCAAAAUUAAACAAAUUCUUGAAUAUUCUAAUUUAAUGAAUUGUCUUUAUUCUUAGACUUAAGUCUAAGGAACGACACUUGCUCCCUGCAUUACAUUUUGCAUUGAAAAGAGACUUCCUUUUCACAAGAAAGCUAUAACAACAGUCAUCCCUAUUAGCCUUUGCAUACUGCUAAUCUGGAACAACCCUUAAUGUACAUGCAUUAGGCCUCAUUUUCCUCAUUUUAGAAAGAAAUCCUUUAUUUAAUAAUUAGCUCACCUGAGCACCAAAUGCUCUUGCUGAGUUUUUGUGGUCAGUCUAUGUUUGGCAUCAUGUGUUAACUUUUAUCUCUAACAACUCUUGAGGGCAUCUUUAAAACUCGUCUAACAAUAAAUAGGUGGAAUUUUAAUCUGGGUCAUAUGGUGCCCACAAACUAGGGCCCUAGUCAUAAUAAGAGUCAAAUCUUAUUUAACCUUGGUUUCAACUCUAGAGGUCACUGUUAUGACUCAAUCGUGAUGAAAGAUAGUCAGACUGUUCAUCUUAACAAAAUCAGGGUCAAUUAAGAGUCUAGGUCAAGGGGGGUCAAAAACUGGGUCAACAGGUCAAGUCUUUCAUAAUUGGCUUAGGGCCUUCAGUCUUUUAUACGCUGGAACACAAACUAGAUGCAACAAUUAUAUAAUGACCUCUAUUAUUAGACCCAAACUAAAUGCUUACUUUUAAAAGGCAGCAGUUUUUGCGGUUUGAGCGUGAAACAUGGACAAGAUUUUUUAAUUGCAAUAAUCAAUUUUAAAUUUUUAGUGAUCAAACAUAUUAUUUUCACAAUUGGUGCAAUCGCCAGUGAAACUCAUUUUUAGCUUGGCUUUUUUUGGAGAAAACCCGAGGUAUUGUCAUAGCCUUCUUGUCGUCCCCCGUCCUUGCGUCGUGCUCAAAUCUUUACAUUGGCUCUAAAAUUAAAGUGCUUCCACCUUCAACUUUGUAACUUCAUAUGUAUAUGCACCUUGAUGAGUUCUACACGCCACGCCCAUUUUUGGGUCACUAGGUCAAAGGUCAACGUCACUGUGACCACUAAUAUAAAACUUAAACUUUGCCUUUAACAUCAUAGUGCUUCCACCUACAACUUUGAAACUUCAAAUGAACAUGCACCUUGAUGACUUCUACACACCACGCCCAUUUUUGGGUCACUAGGUCAAAGGUCAAGGUCACUGUGACCUCUAAAAAAAAUAAUAUGACAAGCUUUCCUUUCGCAGCUGAGCGUGGCACCCGUUAUGCGGUGCUCUUGUUAUGAUAAGGAGUAAAUAAAAAAACUAUAAUUACCUAGACCAACAUUUUCUUUACUUAUGCUUAUUUGUGGGUUUUAUUUGUAUUUUAACCCUUUCCCACUCAGAAGCAAAGUGAAAAUUGCUAUGUGCAAACAGCAUAAAACCAGAACAGCCUGCGAGUAGCUCUCAGUCUGUUCAGGUUUUAUGCAGUUUGCUGCUCAUCAGUAUCUAAUGGUUGGAAAUGAUGCUUUAAAACUUGAAUCAAGUAAAAAAGGUCUUAAAUUUAUUGAAACUUUUUAAGGCAUUAUACAUGCAUGAACAUCUGUAUCUAAGAGGUAAAGGGUUGAUCUUUAGUUGGAGAAUACACAGGAAUAAAAAUAACAGUCGGGCAUUGUUUACCCGUUUCAUUUAGGUCACUUGUAAAACAUGACACAUUAAAAACAUCAACAUUUUCUUAAUUAUUAUUAUUUAUGGUUUGAAGAGGUGAUUUUAAAUCUUUGUUACCGAUAUUUUACCUAUAAACCAAAGCAAAGCAUGACGAUCUGUAUUACAUUUCUUUGUGGAUUAUCCUUUCCACUUAAUAGUUUCAUAAAUACCGCUGGAUUGAAGAAUUGUGCUUGUUGUUUUAUUGUAACAUUACACUAUUUGCAAUUCAUUCAAAGAAUGCAAUACAGUGGAUAAUAAAGGCUGUGUAUGACUGUUUUGUUCUUACAAAUGUAUGAGCCUUGCUUUGGAAAAAUGGGGUUAAAUGCAUGUGCGCAAAGUGUUGUCAAAGAUUAGCGCAGGUUAAUCAAGAUAGACAACUCCGUCUAAACUGAAAUUUUGCUCAGAACAGACUUAUCUUUUCACAAAAAAUAAAAACUGUGUAAAGAAUUGUCCUUGAUUAGCCUGUGCUAACUAGGACGACGCUAAGCAUAUGCAUUAAGCCCCGUUUUCAUACAGCGCGGCCAAAUACCAGUAUUCGCUGGCCAGAUGUUUGAGUCUAUCUUUCUGUGUGUUGCUUUAUUAUAUUUUUGUCAAUUUCUUUCUUGUUCUUGUGUUCAAUGACAAUUUAUUACUGUGUUGGAUUUCGGCAUUUGAAAAAAGAUAUAUUGAAUUUAUUUUUUACAUUUAAAUUUAGGAGUAAUUAAAUAUAAAAAAUAA